UUCCAUAACAAGUGUUUGGUCUCGGAUGGAGAGAGGCGGAUUCUCUCAAAAUCGCGCACCCGUCUCGCUUAAAUUCAAUAAUGCUCAGGUUUUCCUUCCACCUCCUGGUCUUGAGAGUCUAAAUUUCUUGCGUGGGCCUUGUGGGUAAUGUCUUCCUCAUCUUCUGCAUCUUUCAGACCAGGGACUCCUCGGGCAAGACGUUCGAGUUGUUUCUUCUGGGAUUAGCCACAGUCAACCUGGAAGAGAUUGUCAUCGUCAACAUCUAUGACUUUGUCAUCCUUCAGAAGUCCUACGCUGUCUGGGACGUGUGGCUGUGCCGUUCGCUGAAGUUCUUGAUGGUGUUGGGGGAAAUCAGCGGCAUCCUCUUCACUGUCCUCAUCAGCGUCUACCGCUACCAGAAGCUCAGAGACGCCAACAAGAGGGUCCGCCUUCCCAUCUACCUGGAUAACAUCCGUGCCGCAAUCGGGUUUUGCGUUGGUAUCUCUAUGCUCUCGAGUGCCCCCAUUUUUUUCGUGAAACUGCAAGGCCCGACGGGGAAUCUCAUGGGGAACCAUACUUCGAACCACACAGGAUGCCGGCCGGAUUUCUUUCUAUGCAGCAACGACCACUGUCCGACGAUUAACCGCAUUUACAAGUAUGCCUUCAUCCUGCUGUGCUACUUGCUGCUUCUGGCCGUCGUCACGCUUACAAGCUGCUUCAUCGUCGCCGUGUUGCUCGGACCAAGGACCGCAGUUAAGCCUGUCGCUAGCGUGAGUGGCUCCACCCAGAUUGAGAGAAGGCGUAAGGUUCGGAGGCUCCACCGGAGGACCGUUGCAAUCCUGGCGGCGAUGGCUUUGUUUCAGGUAGACUGGACUCUCUAUCUGAUUUUGCAAAUGAUUUUCAAUGCCGCUGACUUUCCAUUUUGGAUAGAACUGGAGUUCUUUAUUUCCACGUCCUACAUGUCCAUCAGUCCAUACGUGUUUGGGAUAGGUAAAAGCUUAUUCGCCAUUAAAAAAAAAUAA